AUGAGCAGCAGCUUCUUUACGACGAUCAGGGCUACUGCUCCAAAAUCCAGGAGCAGCACAUGGGUGCACACCGAGGAGGACAAAUUUUACAAGGCUAUAAUCGCAGCAACUGGUGAAGCGGGCGAGAAUACGGCAAGUAACGGAUCGACGCAUUUUGCUCUUGAGGAUCUUUUCCGGAAUCAGGGAGGGAUGCCGGACGUCGAAGAA